UUUUCUAUUGACUUCUGUGGACCUCGCCGAGACACGCGCGAGAGAAUUCUUGAGUGCUUCGAAUUCAAGCUGGUCGAUGAACGAUGUCGCACAUGAAACGGAGAAGCAUUGCUGCUCUUCCUUCGCACUUGUCGAGCCUUAUCAGCUCGAGCUCGAGCCAAGCUUGGAGUGGCGGAAGUUCCGUUGCUCAGGAGAUGUCUGAUGAUUUCUCUGAGGCUGCCAUGGAUGAGUUCUUCGAGAAUCGUGGGCUCUUCAGGUACCACUUGCCGGUGGACGGCACGUGUCUUUUCCGAGCCGUUUCUGAAGCACUUUUUGGAUGUCAAACCAAACAUCAGGCGAUCCGCGAGACCUUCCUCAAGUACAUGGAAACGAACCAGAAACAGCUCUCGAAAGAUUUCGAUCGCAACCAGAGCGCUGAUGAGCAAGUCCAAAGCAUGCGUGACAUCCAGUACCCCAGCGUAAUGUCCGAAAUGCACAUCUUGUCAAAAAUCUAUAAAGUCGACUUCCUCGUCUACUUCUUGCCAGAACCGAACCCAAAGAACGUUACGCGCGGCAGCCACGAAAAGAAGAUCGUGCUCUGUUGGUCGCACAGCAAGCAAUACGACCUCGUUUACACAAGGCAACACAUCGAAGCACUGAGAGUGACACAGGCGAUCGUAUACGACGUAUUGUACAAAGAUGUCUUCGAGCUGGGAUCGGACGAGGUCGAUUUCGCCGUCAACCAGAUGCUCUACGAGAAGGAUAACUUCAAAAACAAGCGACAUCUCACCUUCACGCAGUGGUGCAAUUCGGUCACUGAGGGGGAGGAGAAAGACGUGCCUCAGCUCCCGGAAAAUAAGGGCGAACAAAUUGUUCUGGCAGUUCGCUGCGGAGUCCCACCAUUCCCAUUCAAGGUGGCCAAGUGCUUGGACCCCAGAAUACUUCGAAACGUCGAGUAUCUGAAUUGGUGUGAGGAAAAGCGUGACGCUUUCCGAUCAGGGAAUCUCAUCACACCCGCAUUGGACUCGGGGGUCAAAUGCACAGCGCGCAUUGGCAUGAAAGAACACACGGGAUUCGUCCAAUCUAUCGACAGGAAAGCCGACUCGGCAGAGGUGUUCCUGCAGAGUAUCGGAGCAGUUCGCACUAUUCCGCUGUGCCAGAUAGAGAGUUCGCCGGUUAAGAAAGAUCAACGAUGUGGUAGAGACGAGGACGAUAUCGGCAAAAUCAAACCUUUCACUUCCACCCCCAUGAAGAGCCGCCGGAGUCUGAGCACGGGAGACGCGAUCACGAAGGACCAGUCGAAGGCUCUGAGUGAGCGGUUCAAUGUCUCCAGAACCAACAGAGAGAGGACGCUUAGGCAAAUUCCCGAAAUGAGCGACUACGAAUACAACUCUUACGAUGAAGUUCAUCAGAAGGGCAAGAAACAUGGACGCAAGGGUUCUCUCCCUGCUGCUCAUCUGUCCCCAAUUACGAGCAGUCCGCCGACGACAUAUGUUCAGAGCUCACCUCCGAUCGCGAUGAUCUCGACUCCGAUGCCACCGGUGAUUGUUGACGUAUCUGGCCGCUACCAUGUCGGCGUCUCGUCCCCGACAGAUGCUCCGUUGUACAGCCCACCGUCCCACUUCGUGCGCUCAAAUUCCGAGCCGUACCCAGUGAGCGUCCCUGUGGUCCCUCUGACGGAGUUCAACCCGUCGGUUCCUCCUCCAACAUUGCACAGCAUGCCAAAUGAAAUUGAUCCUCCGGAUGAGGUGGUCGAGUUCGGAUUCUCUUUCCCGGGGCCUCCGGGUAGCUUCGAUGCACCUUCUGUCGGCAAAAUUGAGCGGAACGAUGGCGCCGAUCUGCCAAGAAUGGACGUCCUGCGAUAUUUCUUCAAUCUCGGUGUGUCCGUCUACCGGAUGCGCAAAUCGGCUGAAAACAGCAUCGUCGACGACUCGCUCCUGCAAUCAUCGACUCCGAACAACUCGUACUCGAUAACGACGCCGAUCUCUGGUUAUUCGAUCGUGCCGCAACACAGCGUAGUCUAUCAGCCAAGCUACCCACACUUUUACUCGUUGGUGCCAUCGCAACAGCAAGCCCCCUACGCCGAAGUUCCGACCUAUCAGGUCGGAUCCAUAAUGGCAACCAAGCCGAUGUCAUGA